UGAAUUGUCAUGUCAAACUAAAAUGGAUAUGCGUCGUUGUGCAUCCGUUCCUCCAACUCCUAACAACGAUAUUGCUGAUCUUCGAGAAGCCUUAAGAUGAGUUCGAUCUCCGAGGAGUUAUUGUACGUGGUGUACACGAAGGACGGUCCCGUGCGAGGCUACCUAGAUAAGAGAGAUGGGAAGACCUAUUACAACUUCAAAAGCAUACCUUACGCUAAGCCACCGACUGGGUGUUUACGAUUUAUGCCACCAUCUCCUAUCAAGCCAUGGACUGAGGUGAUGGACUGCACCAAAGUUGCACCACUGCCAAUAUGCUUCUCAUUACACCACAAAAUUGUAGGUUCAGAAGACUGCCUUUAUUUGGAGGUGUCAACUACCACUAUGAAGCCAAAUAAGCCCUUGCCUGUCAUGUUCUGGAUAGGUGGAUGUGGCUUUGCUUGGUACAUGGACAAUAUUUGUGACCCCACACUAUUGAUUGAUCAAAAUAUAAUAUUUGUGCGAUGUGGCUUCCGAUUGGGGCCUUUUGGAUUUUUGUCCAUUAAUGAUUUCACAGCCCCAGGAAAUAAUGGACUGAAGGACAUAGUAAUGGCCCUAAAGUGGGUCCAGAGAAAUAUCAGUGCAUUUGGAGGAGACCCACAGAAUGUGACAUUGUUUGGUAAUAGCUCUGGAGGGGCAUGCAUCCAUCUCUUGAUGCUGUCUCCCAUGGCCUCUGGCUUGUUUCAUAAAGCAAUACUUCAAAGUGCCAGCGCUUUAAACAAUUGGUCUCUUGCUAAAAACCCUUAUCAGCCCGUGAUGGAGCUAGCUAAACAACUAGGAGUAACAAAAACAUGCAAAAUGGAAAUAAUUGAAGAACUGAAAUCUAUUCCUGCAUUAAAGCUAAUGAAAGCCGUAUGUGCCUUGGAACAUAGAUUGCACGAAUUGGACAAAAAUGACACUUUUGAUUCUAUAUUUAAGCCAUGCAUUGAGGAAGAGUUUGAAGGUCAACCAGCAUUUCUCACCAAGAGCCCUCCAGUUAUUAUUAAGUCUGGGAAUUUUAAUAAAGUGCCUUUUAUAAUAGGUAGCAAUAACAUUGAAGGAUCUGUGAUGCAGUACAUGAAGAGUGACUUCUACACCAAUUUUGAAAAGUAUAAUGAGAAUUUGAGUCUGAUUGUACCUCGGCCAUUGGUAGGAGACACAACAGUGUCAAAAGCCAUUGGGCAGCAGCUUUUGAGGUUUUACUUGGACGGUGAGGAAUCAUUGACUGAAGAUACCAGAAACCAAUACUUACAGCUGCUCAGUGAUUAUUAUUUUCUUUAUUAUGUGAACAAGACUGUUAAACUUCAUAGUCAGUUUGCACCCGAGUGUCCCAUUUAUUACUACAUCAUAAACUAUGCUGGGGAAUGGUCUGUACCAGACCACUUGGAGUUUUUAAAUUCUCUUGGGCAUUGUGCUGACUAUCCAUUUGUGUUUCGUCUUAAUUGCCACAAUCACUCAAACUCUUCGGUCAUUAAAGGCAGUCGGGACUCGAUUAUAAUGAGAAGCAGAGUUGUGAAAAUGUGGACUAAUUUUGCUAAAUAUAGUGAUCCUACACCUGAUGAGGAGGACCCAUUACUGCAAAUUAAAUGGGACCCAGUUGAGCACAAAGACAAACUAAAUUACCUUAGCAUUGGAUCGGAACUCACCAAAGGCAGGAACCCUUUUCAUGACAGAAUGGCUUUUUGGGAGAAACUGCAUGAAGAACACACAUUCCUCAGAGUACUUGUUUACUUUAAUGAUAUAGGAGUGUCGUGGUAAUAACAAGAAAUAUAUUCACUACAUCACCACAUAUUGCUACGGGUUUACUUUGCCUAGAACGCAAAGUGGUGGACCACCUAACCAUUGUUCAGGGUACUAAGAUAUCAGGGUUUUUAAUGAUGGUUCAUAUUCACUGGUAGAUAGGGUUUGGUAUGCGACAUUGUUUUAUUCUUAUGUUGAAGUGGAAAACGCCAUUUACUGUUGACCAAUGUCACUUAGCCCCCCCCCCCCAUUAUUAUAUACAAGUAGUACUAGUGGUGGGUGACAGAUACCUACUCUGUUUAGAUCUAUUUCUGAAUAUAUUAUAUGAAUAUUUGUAUACAUGUAAGCUAUUUUUUGGAUUAGUCCAUUAGUAUACCUAUUUUUAUUUAAUAAUAUAUGUACACUCGGCCACACAUUAUUUGUUUUAUAUACAUUGCGUCAAAAUUGUAGUCCUUAGCGCAAACGCUAUUAUAACUUUUUAUUGAUUGAAGAAAUAAAACGUGUGUUCUGUGAUGUUUAGACAGGCUUCAGUGUACUAAUGAACAAGUUUAGUUAUCAUUGUUAUGAAGGUUUGCUCGAUUUUUAUUCUUAUUUACGGUUGUUAU